GUGUUAAAAUGCCAUCACACUUUGCAGCAGGAUCACAAACACAUCUAUCCCUCAUCAACAAUGGACACAAAGACGGUCGUCCUGAUAUUCUUAGCUUUCACGACAGCGGAUGGACGUUCAGCAAACAAGAAGCAGACUGAGAUUCGCUACGACCAGACUGAGAUUCGCUACGACCCCACAUGGGAGUCCCUAGAUUCUAGGCCAUUACCAACAUGGUAUGAUGAAGCCAAAAUUGGAGUCUUUGUGUCAUGGGGAGUCUUUUCUGUACCAAGUUUUGGAAACGAGUGGUUUUGGGAACGAUGGCAAGGGGACAAAAAUCCAAUGUAUGUGCAGUAUAUGCAGGACAACUAUAAACCUGACUUCACCUAUGCUGACUUCGCAAGAGACUUCACGGCAGAGUUCUACGAUGCUGAAGCUUGGGCUGAACUGUUUGCUGCUUCUGGGGCUAAAUACACUAUCUUUAUAACUAAACAUUGUGGAGGGUUUUGCAACUGGCCAACUAACGUCAGUUUUAACUGGAACUCAAUGAUGGUUGGCCCCAAGAGAGAUAUUGUUGGUGAGAUGGCGCAAGCACUGAAGUCAAAAACAGAUAUUCACCUUGGCCUGUACCACUCUAUGUACGAGUGGUUCCACCCUCUGUAUCUACAGGACAAGGCCAACAACUUCACAACCACCAAGUUUGCUGAGCAAAAGACUAUUCCUGAGCUAUACGAGCUUGUGAACACCUACAAACCCGACCUAUUGUGGUCUGAUGGUGACUGGAUGGCCCCAGAUACUUACUGGGGUUCCAAGGAGUUUUUAGCCUGGCUGUACAACGACAGCCCAGUGAAGGACAAUGUUAUCGUCAACGACAGAUGGGGGAAAGGGGACUCAUGUCACCAUGGGGGCUACUUGACGUGUACAGACAGGUACAAUCCAGGAGUACUUCAGCCAAGGAAGUGGGAGGGAGGAUUAACAAUUGACAAGAAAUCGUGGGGAUUUCGUCGAGAGGCUGUCCUAGAAGAUUAUCUGACCAUGGAUGAGAUUAUAGCACGGCUGGUUCAAAUAGUCAGCUGUGGAGGGAACCUGGCAAUCAAUGUCAGUCCAACCAAAUAUGGCAUGAUUAGUCCAAUCUUUGAGGAGAGACUGCGACAGUUGGGAGACUGGCUGAAGGUGAAUGGGGAGGCUAUCUACUCCUCCACACCUUGGACGGUCCAGAAUGACACAGUCACACCAGGAGUUUGGUACACACAGAGAGCUGGGACGGUGUACGCCAUUGUGCUCAACUGGCCACAACCAGGUCAACUCAUCCUUGGAUCAGCUUUGCCAAAAACUGGAAUGAAAGUCAGCCUCCUUGGCUACACUGAAGGCUCUUUCUCCUGGCAGAAUGCUUCACCAAAAGGAAUCAGUAUCACAAUCCCUCCAAUCCCUGUCAACCAGAUGCCAUGUCAGUGGGCAUGGGUCUUCGCCCUGACAUAACGGUUGGCAUAAGUACAGUUUUUAGCAUGGACAUAACCAUAUGAUUUAUCAUGGGGUGGGCCUUCAUAAUGUAAACAUUAGUUGAUAACGGGAUGCCCCCUUCAAAAUGACAUUAAAUGAUUGACAGCUGCAUAGUGGACCUUUACAAUAACAUAACUGGAUGGCAAUGAGAUGGCCAAUUAAUCGGAUGAACCUUCCACAUGAAAUGCUUGAUAAUAUGAUUGUCCAAAUAGAGAUGUAUGUCAUUUAACUAACAUUUUUGUAUUACAAAUAAUCAAUGUUCUCACAAUAAACAGAAUGUUGCUUUGA